CCUACUCUCUCUCUCUAUACAUAUAGCUGCUUAUAAGAUCUCUUUGCUUAUAAGUUUCUCUCUUCGAUCUCUUACGAUUAUUAAUUGUGUGCUGCGUUAUUAUUUUCGCGGAAGAACAAACUCAAACAUGCAGAGGCAACUCGCCACCAUGAAGCAGUCACUUUUUGAUCAGGGAUAUCUGGAUGAACAAUUUGUGCAACUGGAAGAGCUGCAAGAUGAAGUAAAUCCCAACUUCGUCGAAGAAGUUGUCACAUUGUACUACCGCGAUUCCGUUCGACUUGUCCAAAAUCUAGAGCAAGCCUUGGAGAAGAACCCUCUUGAUUUCUCUAAGCUGGACAGCUAUAUGCACCAGUUCAAGGGCAGCAGUUCAAGCAUUGGAGCAAAAAAGGUGAAAAUUGAGUGCACACAGUUCAGAGAGUACUGCAGAACUGGAAAUGGUGAAGGAUGCAAAAGAACUUUCCAGCAAUUGAAGAAGGAAUAUGCUACCCUGAAAAAGAAACUAGAAGUCUAUUUUCAGUUUGCAAGACAAGUUGGACCUGUUGAGAAGGCACGUCGCCCAAAGUAAAGGAGUCAAUCCUCCAUUAAUUCAAAUCCAAGUUUUUUUUCCAGAUGUAAUAAAAAAAUUAGUGAUGUUUUAUUUUCGAUUUUUUUUCUUUUCUUCGGUAUUUUGGGCACAGUACUGAGGCCUAGCAACUAUGUACUUUCGGGAUUUUCGAAAUAAAAAUAACUUAAGCCAUAUCUAUAAAUAAAUAAAAAACAAAUUUCCAAAAAAAAAAUAAAUUAAUAAUCAAGUUCUAAUACACAAUCCACAAUUGAAUACUCUCAAGAAAUUGAUCGAUUUUCGGAAUACUCUCACCUAGUCGGAGG